GUAGGUUUAGAAAUAUCAUGAACAAGAACGCUCGUGUUUGUGUGGUCAGACGCGGAGCUGAUACAGCCCAAUUUGGUCCAGAAUGACGUGGCUAGUCUGCCGUUUUAUUUCACCGAUGAUUCAGUAAUACCUGGGGUUCGAUGCCGACCUGAGAUCUCUAAAUGUUUGGGUUUUAGACUAACAAAUAGUUGGUGCACGCACUUAGUUAGGCUCCUAGUACUAUUUAUAGCUUACCCCGGGCAAGUUUAUCUCUAUCCGAACGAAUCUCACGUUUUACUGGAUUGUAAAGACGGACAGCGUGAGCGAUUGGGAAUUGACAAAAAGCGGCGAUGCAGAGGAACCUAACGAGAUAAUUGCAAUAUUUACCGGCUUCGCGAUUUUAGAUCAUCAACUGCAGCAUCCUCUCCGGGUGAUGUAGUGCGCAUGCCCGUGUCAAGAACGCAUAUCCUUACCUCUGUGGAUUGUGAACAACCACACAUACACUGCGCACUGCGGACGUCAUUGAUAACUUGACACUAUAUUUAAAAUAAUCACACCCAGGUGUAGCUGCUAAAGACGACAAUAGGAAUAUUCUGGAGGUGUUGAUGAAAUCAGCGCAUAAAAUAGUUCAGCCGGCCGUGACGAAUGGAUUUUACGUUAUUAAGCUCCGUUUUUAUAGCGGUGACGACGCUGCUUGCCCUGACGACGCACGUGUCUGCUGGUAUAAGCAAUGGCACAGGCUCGUAUGGGACGCUGAUCAACUUAAAGAGUGAGUUGUUCAAGACCUACGACAGCAGUAACAGGCCAGUGAAGGACAUGGACACGCCAGUCAAUGUCAGCAUCGAUAUUAGUAUUAACCAACUCAUAGAACUGAAUGCAGCAGAACAAAUUUUGUUCCUCAGUCUCUGGUUAAGACAGCAAUGGGUAGACGAGAUCCUUACAUGGAACCCACUUGAGUACAAUAACAUCUCUUCCUUUGAGGCGUCAAUUGCGUCAAUAUGGAAACCAGACAUUACCAUUUAUAACGACGUCCGCGAAGAAGAACGAGACCUAUCAGCCUACACUGCCACCGUCACCAGCGAAGGCUUGGUCUCCUGGCGAACUCCUAUCAUCCUAAAAAGCAGCUGUUUGAUGGAUAUUAACUACUUCCCUUACGACACACAAAGAUGCCCCAUCAAAUUCGGCUCUUGGCACUUCAACGGGUACCAGUUAGACCUGCGGAACAUGUCCGAAAUGGGUGACAUGAAAUCCUUUGUGACCAACGGGGAAUGGCGUCUUGCCAAGGUACCCGUCAUGAGGACCGUGAAGUACUACAGCUGCUGCCCAGAGCCCUACCCAGAUGUGACCUUUUAUCUGAUUGUUUGCCGAAAACCCCUGUUCUAUAUCUUCAACCUUGUACUGCCGUGUAUCGUGGUUCUUGCCAUGGCCGCCAUAAGUUUCUAUCUACCGGUGGAGUCUGGGGAGAAAGUGUCCUUUGGUGUGACGGCCGUCUUGGCUCUGAUGGUGUUCCUGCAGCUGGUCUCCGAUUUGACACCUACGCAGUCUGAGGUGGUCCCCGUUUUGAGUGUUUACCUCGUGACGGUGCUGGUGUUGCUCUGUAUCUCAACCAUCACUAGUAUCAUGGUCACCAACAUCCACUUCAGGGGUGAGCGUGGCCAGAGCGUGCCCUACUGGAUGCAGAAGGUGUUUUUAGGAUUUGUUGCCACCGUUAUUGGAAAGAAAAAGACGGUAAAGGAGGCGCUUCGAGGAAAGGAACCGGAGGACCACCAUCAUAGUUGGGAACGAGGAGCCAACGUGACUGCGGUGAAGUAUCAAAAGAAAAGCAAAAACGGGUUGAACGGCCACAAUACUCAGGACAGAAGCGAUCUUAGCCUUCCCGAGGACGAUUCCAAUGAUCACGAAAACCUCUUAAAGAGCACACAACUGCUAAAGGACAUACUGCGCACGCUUCAGGGCGGCGAUGAAGACGGGCAGAAGCAAAAGGAAGACGAGUGCUCCAAGACCCAAUGGCAACUGAUCGCUUACGUCAUUGACAGACUGGUCUUUGGUACUUACGUGAUCGUCACCGUGAUUGCCACUGUACUGUUCUUUACGUUGACUCCUGCCUGUCAUGAAGAUAUCGACGAUCUGCGGUUAGAGUCUGUGUAUAGCUCGUGAGACUUUCAACUGCCUCAGUUUACACACUACGUCUUGUUCACAGUUAUUGAAAGUUUGCGGUUAGCCCGCAAUUGUCAUUUUUGGUGGUGAUAAACUUUCCGAGAUUUGUAUGUUAUUUAAUUUUAUUAAUUGCAGUGAUAUUCAAGCAUCCAAGGCCUGGUGCCUUGUAAGGCGUUCGACCAACAUGCUUUUUCCAUUACACACAAUUGCACAAUUGCCCUGGAAGAUGGGGGCUAUUUCCGGGUAAUAAGGAUCGUCGUAAGUGCGUCUAACUUUAAAUGAAAUGACGUAAACGCGCAAGUCAGUUGCGCUUCUUUUAUGGACUAAGAUCACUUUUAUCAAUUUUUAUUGUGAUGCCAUAUUGACAGUAGAAGACGGAAACUGUUGAGCAACACAUUGAUUCCGCGUGGGAGAUUAAAGCGAGACCGACUGCGCUGAAAAAUACACCAACCAAGUGAGUUGGGAUUAUUGCAAUAUAAACUUUUCUUCCAUAUGGCCGACAGCCCUGACUUUUGAAUGGGAUUUUAUUUGUUUUAGAUAAGAUUAUUUUUUUCCAUUUGUAAAGCAGCAGUCAGGAGGUUGUUAGAGCCUGUUUUAUUUCUUGAAAACUCUUGUAUUGAUACGGAUUGGGUUGGGUGCUAUGUUUUUAAAUCUACAGUAUUAGGGAAAAUGUUGUUUUAUGUCUUUAUCUUAUCAUAUUAUUAAAAUAUCUAGACACUUUUUAUGGACAUAUCAUAUAAUAAAACAGAUACCCUAGCUGAAAAAAUGACACUCUUAUUUUCAGUGGCUAAAUUAAAUUAAUUAAGGCAAAUUAAGUCAAAUGAGUCUGCAGGAAAAUAAUCAGUAUUCGUACGUUGUUAUCAUCUCGUAACCUGGAUAUAAAGUGUGUUUACCACGGUAUUAUGAGGAUAAUCAAAAACGUUUUUUUUUUCCUAAUAAAUAUAAAUACCUCA